AUUUUGCAGCAGCGAGAAGCGAAAAAGUGCUCAUUUUCCACAGCAUUUUCCAGUUUCCCAGUGUUUUGCGUCGCGUAUCGCAGCGCCAUUUACUUCGCCGUGCAAGUAAUGUGUGCGGCACACUAAAGUGAACGGAUUGUGAGCCGAAAAUUCGCAUCGAAAACGGGCAGACCGAUCCCGAAAAGAGUUCCGUCCCCGCGAAAGUGGUCUUUCCUGCUGCUGCUGCCGCCGCCAGCUUCGCCGUCGUAGUGUUCGCAUUGGCGUUCACGGAAAAACCGGAUAAAGAUGGCCGAUGGCGUUGAUAUCGAUCUGUAUGCCGACGACCUGGACCAGGACUACUCACAGAACAAUGAUGAUUUCGGAGGCGAAAGCGGGGACUUGUACGACGAUGUGAUUGUACCGUCCGGUGAUCGUAGCGGAGGUGGAGGUGUUGGCGCUGGUGGUGCAGGAGGUCCUGUCGGGUCCCGGCCUUCGAUCGAGCGGCUCGAGGGAGUCGAUACCAACGGCUCUUAUCACCACCACGCUCCCGGAGGCUGGGCACUUGGCCACGCACCGCGCCGACAUCAGCUGUACGUGGGCAACCUGCCCUGGUGGACCACGGAUCAGGAUAUAGCCGAUUCGGUUGCCAACGUUGGGGUCAACGACUUUCAGGAGGUGAAAUUUUUCGAAAACCGCGCCAACGGCCAGUCAAAAGGCUUUUGCGUGAUAUCGCUCGGUUCGGAAACGAGCAUGCGGUUGGUGAUGGAGCGGCUCCCGAAGAAGGAGCUCCACGGACAGAAUCCCGUCGUCACGCUGCCCACCAAGCAGGCGUUGAAUCAGUUCGAAAGUCAGCAAAAGACGCGCCCAACACCGCCAGCUCCGGGACAAACGAAUGGACCGCGACCACCGAUGCCCGGAAUGCCGAUGGGCGGUGGCGGUGGGCCUCCAUCCGGCGGACCACAGGGUGGACCGAUGGGAGGUGUGGGGCCGGGUGGCCCCGGUGGGCCAGGAGGACCAGGAGGGCCGGGAGGGCCAGGCGGACCAGGUCCACAGCCGCGAAUGAUGAACCCUAACAUGCCACCAGGAGGCAUGCGCCCUCCGCAUCCUCAUAUGGGCGGACCGAUGCACAUGCAAGGCCACCAUGGUCCAGGUGGUGGACCUCCAAGACCCCAGGGACCGCCUAUGCAUCAAGGGAAUGGACCACCACAGCAACCACCUCGGUUCCAGAAUCAAAACCAGUGGAACGGACCGCCCCGUAUGAACGGUCCACGUCCAGGUGGCCCUGGAGGUCCAGGCCCGAUGCAACAUCGACCGCAGAUGUUCCAAGGGCCUCCUAAUGGAAUGCCACGUGCAAUGCGCCCGGAUUGGAAUCGAGCACCGAUGCACGGUGGUUAUCCUGGUCCAGGAGGUGGAGGGCAUCCGGGAGGUCCGGGACAGGGUGGACCACACAUGCAGGGACCACACGGUCCCCGUGGUCCCCAUCCAGGCUCGAUGGGAGGUCCUCCCGGUGCAGGACCUCAGGGGCCAGCUCCACAUGUGAAUCCGGCCUUCUUUAAUCAGGGCGCAGGCGGUCCACCGAACCAUGGGCCGAAUGGUGGCCCUGGUGGUCCUCCGGUUGGACCACCGCAUGGAGGUCCCCAAGGUGGUCCACAGGGACCUCAGGGCCCACCAGCACACUUCAAUCCACAGGGUGGCGGUGGACCACCACGGGGUGGCCCGUGGCCACCUGUGCAGGGUGGAAGUAAACCUCCCGGACCGCCGGGAUCUGGCUUCGCCGAGCAUCCCAUUACCCCGCAGCUAAGUGAAGCCGAGUUUGAAGAGAUCAUGACCCGUAAUCGCACCGUCAGCAGUUCCGCCAUCGCACGGGCCGUAUCGGAUGCAGCAGCAGGCGAGUACACGAGUGCCACGGAAACACUGGCAACCGCGAUCUCACUGAUCAAGCAGUCCAAGGUAGCUCAUGAUGAGCGAUGCAAGAUACUGAUUGUGUCGCUGCAGGAUACACUCCACGGUAUCGAAACAAAAAGCUACUCCCGGCGGGAACGGUCACGUUCGCGCGAACGUUCACACCGGCGCCAGCGCCGUGAACGCUCCACCUCCCGUUACCGGGAGCGCUCGCGUGAUCGUGAGCGUGACCGCGAUCGUGAUCGCGACCGAGACCGUGAGCGAGAUGGCUCUAGACGCUCUCGACCGAGAAAAACACCAGAACCGGCAACGGAUAGUGCGACGGACAGCUCCUCGAAGCGCUACUACAAUGACGAUCGGUACCGAUCGUCGGACCGUGAAAGAGAGCGUGAUCGCGACCGCGAGCGCCGCGAGGAACAUCGCUCUCGACACUGAAAACAGCAAAUCCCGUCUACGAUUCCCCGUUCCCUCAUUCGUCUUACGGUUAAUGGCAAGGUGGAGAGCCCAUUUCCGAAAGACCCUACAUUACGUUGCUUUCCUUUUAUUUGUUUUAUUUGGAAUGCUUUUGAGGAUGAAGGAAUCUAACGUUCCAUCAAUGUGGCUAUGGAACAGAGGAUCAAAGGAAGCCUUGCGCUUUCCGUGCCCGUGUGUGCGUGUGUAUGGUGUAUGUGCAGAUGCGCGUAUUCGCGCUUGUGUGUGCGUGUGUGGUACCGUGUGCACGUAGGGUAUUUAAUCACCAAGAAGCAUCUGUUCCCCUUCUGGAGAGUACUCUUCGCGCAGUCAUCUAUAGAACUGUGCUCUUUGAUUUGAUAUUUUAUUUUUUUAUAAUUGUGUUCGUUUUGAAUUGCAAGUAGUGCAAUUAAAGUACCAGAGUAGAGAUAGCAAAAAAAUAACCGGAAUAUACAUAACUGAUAGCACACAUGCAUCCACUGCAUACCCACAGACACGCACGUACACACACAAGCGCUUACGCGCAUUUUCACAAUCAUGGAAUCCCUUAUUAAUACGAAUACAUGUAUAGAAAGAGAGAUAGAGUGAAGGCGAGAGAAAGAAGAAAACAACACAAAGUAUAUGCAACGCCCAAACCCAGACACUACUUAACUCAUCUUACCUAUGCCACUCCAUCGUCAUUGCUGUUAGUUGGAAUCCUAACUAAAACGUUCAAAUUACCGUGACGACACAUUCCUCCGCUCCGGUAUGAUCCGAUCCGCACCGUCAACAUCAUCAUCAUCAGCAGCAGCAACAGCAGCUAGAGCAACAAGCGGCGAGUCCCCUGAAUGCCGUCGCAGCCUAUUCGAUCAGCCGAAAAAAGAAAAUAGAGGCUUCGUUCACCACAGCGAAACACAGCAAGCAACCAUCAUCCUGUGGCAGUGGCGGCGCAGUUCCAGUGAUCGUGGCAGGCGCUGCUGGCAAGCGGAUGUUCCGGAAAAGAAGAAUGUAACAAAACAAAAACUUCCCUAUCCCCUCUCUUUUAAAUCAAAUAAUAAUUAUAAACGUAAUCAGUGAGAAAAAAAACAAAAAAGAUGCAAAAAAACGUUCAAAUACUGUGUACCGUGUUGUGUAUUCUAUCUUGUAUUCUUCUGUUAGUUUCGAUUAGAAGAGAACAUAUUGUAUGCCAUUUUACAAUCCCCCCACCCUCUACCGGCUAGGAGUAAGUUUAUUUGUACUGUAUCUUAAAUUCUCUAUUCUAUUGUGCCGAUGUUUGUACAAUCAAACCGCAAAACAAAAGGAAGAAAACAAUUGUGCGCCCGGGGAACCAAUUUUGUUUAGCAUAUUUAGUUUUAUGAAUUUAUGAUUUUGCUAAUGGCAGCAAAAGAGAAAAAAGCGUUAUUAUUGUUGAAAAUCGUGGCUUUGCUUUUGUACAAAUCAAGCCAGGAACCGGGGGGAAUGGGGAACGAAUUGAUUGCGCGACCCGACCGAACAUUAUGUUUAUGAUUUUCUAUUAUUUAAUGUUUUGUAAUCUGUACACUCAUCCUACAACACUCCUCUUGGGGAGCACUAGAAAAGACAAUUCGCACAAACGAUGUAAGCCAAAAAGCGUCUAUAUCGCAGCAAUCUUUCUGAUCUCUUUUAAUGGGAAACAAGCAAACUAUGAGAUAGACUGAACCACUCCAAGACAGACAUGUGCAGAUGACAAGAGAACAGAAGAAAUUGUUUGUCAAACCCUAUACUAACCGACCCUAGGAAUUGUGGCGGUCAGAACUAAUCGUCGCUGUUACCGAUUUUGAUGUAGUAUAAUCGCUGCCAUAUAAGUAAGACGCAUCCGAGCUAUUUGAAAACUGUUCUAAGUUAAAUGACUGCAAACGGGACCUCGUGAUAUCGCGAUAUCGCGUUAUAAAUUUAUGUACCUGAUCAAACAAAUCUUAAGUCAUGAUGAUCUCUAGUAUGUGUGUUUGUAUGAUAGUUAGCCUUCCAACGGCGCACUUGUCGAACGGACACUAUGAUCUUCUUCCGAUCUUUUGUGUGCGGAACGGGAAUUACUAUUUAAUAGCCCAGAGGACAUACUGGAAAGAGAUCGCACCCCGAAAUGACUAAAUGUAGCACUUCUGUAACGACCUACUGUAAGCGGCACAGGAAAUGGAUUUGGGUAGUUCUGAGUGAGCUUAUUUCCUUCCAAACGGUUUACCAUUACGGUGCUAGAUAGUCAUCGCAUUGUUCCAGGUUACAAGACAAGCAAAUGAUCGCUCUCGACCGAGCAUUAGUAUUACGAACACCCAAAACCAGUUCCAUUCCUGCUCCCGCGUGUAUGUCCACCACUCCGGCGGCUGAAGCAUAGAAUAUGUAAAAUUUAUGCAUGCGUUCCAUCAGAAAGGUGUGUGAUGUACCAAUUGGAUAUACUGUAUUCGGUAAGUUAAAACGUAUAUUUAGCUGUAUCUAUUUAUUUCGCCAUUUAACGUGAUUCUAAUGGAUGGAACUAGUGGAGGUGAAAGAACAAAGAACAACCCUUACUAGUUGCUACGAGAGUGAGUCAGAUGCAUUACAUUAAAAUAUACUAACUAGUUCAAAUGGUAACGAAGCCAAAGAUACGAUUCCAAACAUGAUCCGCGAUACUAGUAUAUAUUCGCGAAGUGAGUGGACCAAAUCCAUCUCACACACUAUUCCAGAUUGCCUUACGGUGUGAUAUGUACUAUAAUCCAAGCGUGCUGGUUUUAGAAUUUUGAAAAUGUUCUACUAGAUUCUACAACGUCUUUCCUUAUCAUGCGGAGUACAAAUACAUUCCUAGUUCAGUACUACAUUAUUGCAAGGACCUUUGUAUAGCUACUAGCUCUCUCAAAAGAGAUUGUUAUGGAAUGAAGGGAAUUAAAUCGAAUAGUAAACUCACUUGUACAAAAAUCAGUAAUAGGAGUAACAUUUACCUCUAAAGACGAAGAUGCUGUGAUAGUAGAGCAUAUAAAUCGAUGAUCUAUUCCUUACCCCCUUGUUGUCUUGUUAUCCUCCGUCCUUCGUAGUAGAUCAGCAGGCGAAGCUAGGGGUACGGAAAGAGGAAGAGCCAUCCACCAAAGAAAAUGAGGAAAAUCGUUAAAAAU